UGUGGCUCAAUGUAGCUGAACCAUCGGACCUUAUUUGUCAGCUUGGAUCACGUGAUCCAUCCAGCUGCCGCGUGCGGCAAACAGCCCAAAUAGCGCUAACUCUGGCCUGCGAGCGUUUGCUGCGACUAGCGCGCUAGCGCUCGUGACAUACACAAACGCGCUAGCCAGAAUGCUUUGACUUUGAUGGCUUUCAGCUUCUAUUUUUUGAAAAGUAGCGCGCUCAGACCAGCUCGCUCACUCUUUUCCUCUUCCAUUUUUUAGGGCAAUUGUUUUGUUUGAUAGACGAAGCUUAGGGUCUCUUUGGGUUUGCAACCCUUACCCUCCUGGAAAAAAUCAUAGUUGCUAGACUGCGACACUUCAGACCAGGUACUAUUAGAGCCGCUAAUGGACGACGAGCUAUUUUCCGCUAUCCGGAGCUCAAGCAUUUGAGCCGCUAAAUGGACGAGACUCCUAGGGUAAAGGAUGCAGAGAAUGAGGAGAAAACACUCGUAUGGAGCAGGGAGUAGGUAUUGUACUACUUCCUGGUAUGGAGCACUGAGAAGCGCAAUGUGCAACAGAAAUUACCAUGGUGAUACAGCAGAUCACCGUGUGAAGCGGUGUGAGAUGCAGCAAAGCAUUAGGCGAUUUGAUCGCAGGCCAGGUGACAAGAGAGGAGCUGAUAGACGAUCUCUCCAGUGUCCCUCUUGGUUCGGAGCAGCGCCGAGUGCUGACGUUGGGACUUGGAGUUCUAGCAUCCGUAGCUGCCUCAGGGGGUGCCACUUCUCCCAUCAGCGUCGACUAGUCCGCCGAUCUCACUGAGCUCUGCUCUCCGAGCAUUCUGCAUCCAACACGACUUCCCGAAAGAAAAUGUGCUCGCGCAUUAGAAGGAGGUGAAAGAUGCACCUGCAGGAGAAUACAUGCUUAAGAGAAGGCAGAAACAUGCCCGGAUCCACCAGAACUAGUGCUGGCAAGUCAACAGAGGCGAGUACUGAUAAUGUUCCAGAUUGUGGUAGGAUCACAUAAGCAAAAUU